UUCCUGUCACUAGGUGUAUGGAUUAUAAGGGGUGGGGUGGCCUGUCUGUCUAUAACAUUUCUCCAUUCACAGCUAAAGCUCAUUCUCCACUACUGCUAGCUAUAAUGAAUGACCAGUAGCUUUAACCAUCUGCUUUGUUUUGCUGUUAAAAGACAAAACAUCUAACAUAUUUCUGAGCGUCGUAACAUACAUUAAUUCAUAGACAAGAAGAAGAAGCAGAAGAAGAAGCAGAAGGUCUUGACAGGAAAUAACAUCAUUUUCUUCACUCGUCUGAGCUUCACUUGAAUUAACACAAUGAUAUGUUCAGUGUAUUGAGACACUGAGUCUGGAGAAACGCUUUAAAGGACGAUUUAAGGAGUUUUAAGGUGGUGGGCAGUGACGGUGUGCGGGCAAUGAUGGAGAGUGCCCUGACAGCCAGGGACCGGGUGGGAGUGCAGGACUUUGUUCUGCUGGAGAACCACACCAGUGAAGCCGCCUUUAUUGACAACCUGCGCAAGCGUUUCAAGGAGAACCUCAUCUAUACGUACAUCGGCUCGGUGUUGGUGUCGGUGAAUCCCUACAAAGAGUUGGAGAUCUAUACCAAGCAGCAUAUGGAGCGAUACAGAGGCGUUAACUUCUAUGAAGUCUCCCCUCACAUAUAUGCAGUAUCUGAUAAUGCGUAUCGCUCCAUGCGCACGGAGAGACGGGACCAGUGUAUCUUGAUCUCAGGAGAGAGUGGUGCCGGGAAGACGGAAGCCUCUAAGAAAGUUCUGCAGUACUACGCUAUCACCUGUCCUGCCAGCGAACAAGUGCAGACUGUGAAAGACCGCCUACUGCAGUCCAACCCUGUUCUGGAGGCUUUUGGAAAUGCUAAAACUUUGCGGAAUGACAAUUCUAGCCGUUUUGGGAAAUACAUGGACAUCCAGUUUGACUUCAAGGGUGCUCCAGUUGGGGGUCACAUCUUAAACUACCUGCUGGAGAAAUCUCGUGUUGUGCACCAAAGCAACGGAGAACGAAACUUCCACAUCUUCUAUCAGCUCAUUGAGGGUGGCGAGGAAGACCUGCUAAGGAGACUCGGCCUGGAGAGGAACGCACAACAGUACCAGUACCUUGUGAAGGGUAAUUGUCCCAAAGUGAGCUCCAUUAAUGACCGCAAUGACUGGAAGAUGGUGAGAAAAGCUCUGAGCAUCAUUGGGUUCAGUGAUGAUGAAGUGGAGGAGCUAUUAAACAUCAUUGCCAGCGUGCUACAUUUGGGGAAUAUUCAGUACGGGAGUGAGGAUGGUGGCAAUGCCUACAUUGCUAUAGACACCCAGAUUAAAUAUUUAGCCAGGUUAUUAGGUGUGGAUAGCAGCGUUCUCAAAGAGGCUCUGACACAUAAGAAGAUUAUUGCCAAAGGAGAGGAGCUGAUGAGCCCAUUGAAUCAAGAGCAGGCUUCAUCAGCACGAGACGCUUUAUCUAAGGCCAUUUAUGGACGCACCUUCACCUGGCUCGUGAACAAAAUCAACGCUUCUUUGUCCUUCAAGGAGGACUUCCUCGGCAGUAAGAGUACAUCUGUAAUUGGCCUGUUGGAUAUCUAUGGGUUUGAGGUCUUCCAGAACAACAGUUUUGAGCAAUUCUGCAUAAACUACUGCAACGAGAAGCUGCAGCAGCUCUUCAUCGAGCUGACCUUGAAGUCAGAACAAGACGAAUAUGAAGCCGAGGGAAUCACGUGGGAGCCUGUGCAAUAUUUCAACAAUAAGAUUAUUUGUGAUCUUGUAGAGGAGAAGUUCAAAGGCAUCAUCUCUAUCCUGGAUGAGGAAUGUCUGAGGCCAGGAGAUGCCACUGACUUAACUUUCUUAGAGAAGCUGGAGGGCACAUUAGGCGGCCAUGCCCACUUCUUAACUCAUAAACUGGCUGACGGAAAGACCCGGAAAGUGAUGGGUAGAGAUGAAUUCAGGCUGCUGCAUUAUGCUGGAGAAGUCAACUACAAUGUAAACGGCUUUCUGGACAAGAACAAUGAUCUCCUCUUCAGAAAUUUGAAAGAGGUGAUGUGCAUGUCAGAAAACAAGAUCCUCAAUCAGUGUUUUGCCCGAGAAGAAUUAACGGACAAGAAACGGCCAGAAACGACGGCUACCCAGUUUAAGAACAGCCUGGCGAAGCUGAUGGAAAUCCUCAUGUCUAAGGAUCCGUCAUACGUGCGCUGCAUCAAACCUAAUGAUGCUAAGCAGGCUGGCCGAUUUGACGAUGUUCUGAUUAGGCAUCAAGUGAAGUAUCUGGGGCUGAUGGAGAAUUUGAGAGUAAGGCGAGCGGGCUUUGCCUAUCGGCGUCGCUACGAGAUCUUCCUUCAGAGGUAUAAGUCGCUGUGUCCAGACACCUGGCCCAGCUGGGACGGGCGCUUGAUAGAUGGAGUUUCCACACUUGUCAGGCACCUGGGUUACAAACCUGAAGAGUACAAACUUGGCAGGACCAAAAUCUUCAUCCGUUUUCCAAAGACCUUGUUUGCAACCGAAGAUGCAUUAGAAGUCAGAAAACACAGUCUUGCGACCAAGCUUCAGGCGAACUGGAAGGGCUACAGUCAAAAAUCCAAAUACCGUAAAAUGCGACGAUCAGCCAUCCUGAUUCAGGCCUGGUGGAGAGGAAUUUUGGCCCGCAGGAGAGCACAUCGCAGAAGACAAGCUGCUGACACCAUCCGCAGAUUCGUUAAAGGAUUCAUGUACCGUAACCAGCCACGCUGUCCUGAGAACGAAUACUUCCUUGAUUAUGUGCGGUACUCAUUCUUAAUGAAGCUACACAGGAGUUUGCCUAAAUCAGUACUGGACAAGAGCUGGCCUAGACCCCCACCUGCCCUGACUGAGGCAUCAGAGCACCUCCGCAAGCUGUGCAUGCAGAACAUGGUGUGGAAAUACUGCAAGAGCAUCAGCCCAGAGUGGAAGCACCAGUUGGAACAGAAGUCGGUGGCCAGCGAAAUCUUUAAGGACAAGAAAGACAACUACCCUCAGAGUGUCGCCAAACUGUUUGUAGGAACAAGACUCAAUGGGGAGGAAAUCAAUCCUAAAGUGCUCCAGGCUCUGGGCAGUGAGAAGAUGAAGUACGCUGUUCCAGUGACUAAAUACGACAGAAGAGGAUACAAACCACGUUCACGGCAGCUGAUACUGACCGGAAGCUGUGCGAUCAUUGUAGAUGAGACUAAGUUGAAACAGCGCAUUGAUUACAGUAUUCUGAAAGGCGUUUCAGUCAGCUCUCUCAGCGACGGCGUUUUCGUCCUCCAUGUUGCCUGUGAUGACAACAAACAGAAGGGUGAUGCAGUGCUACAGAGCGAUCAUGUGAUUGAGACCUUAACCAAAGUUGCGAUCUGUGCCGACAAGCUCAACAACAUCAACAUCAGCCAGGAAAGCAUAACAUUCACAGUGUGUCAAGGAAAAGAAGGGAUGAUUGACUUCACAUCCGGCUCGGAGCUGCUCGUUUCCAAAGCUAAGAACGGACACCUUUCUGUGACUGCCCCUCGCCUCAAUUCAAGAUGAUGGCUACAUUCUAAACCGGUGACCUGUCAAACAGCCGCAGACAGAGCUCCACUCAGCCAUUGAGACGCCAGCCAGCCACACCAAAGGCUUCGCUUCCACUCGUGACCUUCCAGCAAACUAAUCAAUAUUUAUAUUUCUGUGUUCUGAGAAUUUAAUGUUGCUGUUAUUUUAUGAUUUUAUAUUUGAAAGCCAAGAAAUAACAACAUAUCAGUGCAUGUUUCUUGCACUGUUUAUCUAUCUUGCUUAAUUUGGGGAACAAUAAUUUGAUGUCUGGGAAGCUUCUGCGUCAUGUAAAGAUAAAUCAGGGUUAGCAGUAAGAACUUUUUGAUUGUUUCUUCUCACUUUCUCCAGGGACUCAGAAUUAAAAGCAGAAUUAUACUCUUGCAUAUUAUUUGCAGCAAUGAUAGAACAUUACUUAAUGUUUCCUUUGAAAGUUUAAAUUAUUCCUACCUAGAACCUGUCUUAUAUUAAAGCUAUACCAAAUACUUUCACAUGCAUAAGCCAAAUGAUCGUGAAUGGUAUAUCGUGGGGAAAAUAGUAAGGAGGCUGAAAUAUUUUGUUGAAAGUUGAAAGUGUUGUCUUCUGGAUGUAUGAAAAAAGGAGGGAUUAUCUUAGUAUGUUCACAAUGCAUGUUAACCUUUACCAUGAUGGUAAUGGAAAGCUGAGUAGAUUUUAUUCAAGUCAAGUUAAACUGAUGUAUUGUAAUAUGCUUGAAUAUAUUUGGCUCCAUUACACCAAAUCUUUUAGUCACACAUUAAUAGCUUUUCCCUUUACUGACGAUGUUUAUGUAAGUUUUCUUUCUGAUUAUCACUUAAAAGAAAAUUAUUUAGAGGUUUGAUAUCAGGCAACGUGUUCUGCCUACAGAAUAACUUUACUGCAAUAUUACAGUCGUAAACAGUCGUCUUUCGCUUUAUACACUGGAUACAUAGUAAUGUCAUUUUCUAAUCCACAUGCUACUUAGGCUAAAGAUAAGCAGCUUUUAGCUUGUGAAGAAGAAAAUGAUAGAGAAGUAUCCAAAUAAAAUGGGUUUGUGUACUGUAUGGAAGCGCUGCUUUUGUGCAUAAUAACUAUAGAAUUUCAGGAAAAAGAGUGUACAUUAGCACAAUGCAGACAUGCACUUCAUAGGAAACCACGCACCUUUGCACUGUGUAUACAGUAUAAUCUUUAGUCUUGCCUUUUAAAAUAUUGAUGGUUUAAAGGGUUACUUUAGAAAGUUUAGCAAGUGCCUAUAUCAAUUAUUCUCACAGCAAACUUUAAGCUUUAAAGAUGACACUAUUAAACGCAGCUGUAAAAAGCUAUUCUAAGUGCCACAUGUAACAUAGAACAAAUAUAUAAAACUAUAUUUUUAUGGUUAUAAAAUGUUCCCAACGCUGUCCUUGGAAAAGCUUUGAUUAAUGUUUUCUUACUGCACCUGUAGACAAGCUUAAUUGACACUUGUGAUUUUGUUUUAUACUAUUUGUGUAAUUUAAGAAACUUUAAAAUGUUUUUUGGAUGCAGACUGACAAUAUAUCUUCGCAUAAUAAAGCUGAUUUCAUAAAUAAAGCUUUUGUCACUCUUCA